GGCCGCUCCCCCGGGGGGGGGGGGGGAGAAAGAAGAACGAGCGCAGUGCGAGGCCUCUGAGCAAGCAAGCACCGGCAGCAUCCGCAAUCUGCGCAAGUUGGAGACUCCGCCGGAACGGACCCCGGCACCCGACCAGACCCCAAGCCCAGCCUGCGCCUGGGGAGCAGAGCCGGGCCCGCUCGGGCCGCGCGCCGUCCUGGCCAUGAUGGCCAGCUACCCCGAGCCCGAGGACGCCACCGGGACCCUGCUGGCCCCGGACAGCGGCCGCGCACUCAAGGAGCCCGAGGCGCCACCUCCGAGCCCGGGCAAGGGCGGCGGGACCGCGCCUGAGAAACCCGACCCCGCGCAGAAGCCCCCUUACUCGUACGUGGCGCUCAUAGCCAUGGCGAUCCGCGAGAGCGCGGAGAAGAGGCUCACGCUGUCUGGCAUCUACCAGUACAUCAUCGCCAAGUUCCCGUUCUACGAGAAGAACAAGAAGGGCUGGCAGAACAGCAUCCGCCACAACCUCAGCCUCAACGAAUGCUUCAUCAAGGUGCCGCGCGAGGGCGGCGGCGAGCGCAAGGGCAACUACUGGACGCUGGACCCGGCCUGCGAGGACAUGUUCGAGAAGGGCAACUACAGGCGGCGGCGCCGCAUGAAGCGGCCCUUCCGGCCGCCGCCAGCGCACUUCCAGCCCGGCAAGGGGCUCUUCGGAACUGCGGGCACCGCGGGCGGCUGCGGCGUGGCGGGCGCGGGGGCCGACGGCUACGGCUACCUGGCGCCCCCCAAGUACCUGCAGUCGGGGUUCCUCAACAACUCCUGGCCGCUCCCGCAGCCGCCCUCUCCCAUGCCCUACGCCUCUUGCCAGAUGGCGGCGGCCGCCGCGGCUGCUGCUGCGGCAGCUGCGGCCGCCAGUCCGGGCAACCCCGGUGCGGCCGCCGUUGUCAAAGGGUUGGCGAGCCCCGCCGCCUCCUAUGGGCCGUACUCCCGCGUGCAGAGCAUGGCGCUGCCGCCGGCCGUGGUGAACUCCUACAACGGCCUGGGAGGCCCUCCGGCCGCGCCCCCGCCGCCGCCGCACCCACACCCGCAUCCUCACGCACACCAUCUGCACGCGGCCGCCGCACCCCCCCCCCCCCCGCCACACCACGGGGCUGCCGCUCCACCCCCGGGCCAGCUCAGCCCCGCCAGCCCGGCCACCGCCGCGCCCCCGGCACCAGCGCCCACCGGCGCGCCCGGCCUGCAGUUCGCCUGCGCCCGGCAACCCGAGCUCGCCAUGAUGCAUUGCUCCUACUGGGACCACGACAGUAAGACCGGCGCGCUGCACUCGCGCCUGGAUCUCUGAGCACCGCGUGCAGGCGCCAACCCAUG